CAGAAGCUUGAGGGAUGAGAAGAUAAGAGCUCAAAUUUCGAAUAUGAUUGUAACACUAAACCCUAAUAUUCUCCAUUUCUCCAAAAUCCAUCCUUUUUCUCGACCUUCUUCGGAUUUCUACAGAAUUCGAAAUGUCUCUCUGACCACCAAUUGCAAGCUUCAGAAGCCUCAAAAUGGGAAUCAGAGAAGUAGUAAUACCGGAAAUCUCACGAAGACCAUUUCACUUUCCGAUUCAGCGCCGCCGGUUACGGAAGAGACCGUUGGUGAAGUUUCCGGCGAUGGAGGUGGUAAUGGUGGUGGAGGAGGAGGAGGAGACGGAAGAGGAGGAUUAAGGUUUUUGAAGAUAUUACCAAGAAAGGUUUUGUCAGUUUUGUCUAAUUUGCCUCUUGCUAUUACAGAAAUGUUCACCAUUGCUGCUCUCAUGGCUCUUGGGACUGUGAUUGAACAAGGUGAAACCCCUGAUUUCUAUUUCCAAAAGUAUCCAGAGGAUAAUCCUGUACUAGGGUUCUUCACUUGGAGAUGGAUUUCCACACUUGGAUUGGAUCAUAUGUACUCUGCUCCUAUUUUUCUUGGGAUGUUGGUUCUUUUAGCAGCUUCACUUAUGGCUUGUACUUAUACUACUCAGAUACCUUUGGUUAAGGUUGCAAGAAGAUGGAGUUUUAUGAAGUCAGAUGAGGCAAUUAAAAAGCAGGAGUUUGCAGAUACUCUUCCAAGAGCAUCCAUUCAAGACUUAGGAAUGAUUUUGAUGGGUGAUGGAUUUGAGGUAUUUAUGAAGGGUCCUUCAUUGUAUGCUUUUAAGGGUUUGGCUGGUCGAUUUGCGCCUAUUGGAGUACAUAUAGCAAUGCUUCUGAUUAUGGUGGGUGGAACUCUUAGUGCGACCGGGAGCUUUAGAGGCUCGGUCACAGUUCCUCAAGGGCUAAACUUUGUCAUGGGAGAUGUAUUAGCCCCAGUUGGGUUUUUCUCAAUUCCAACAGAUGCUUUUAAUACUGAAGUUCACGUUAACCGAUUCACCAUGGAUUAUUAUGACAGUGGAGAAGUCUCACAGUUUCACUCUGAUCUUUCACUACGCGACCUUAAUGGGAAAGAGGUUCUGAGAAAAACAAUUAGCGUUAAUGAUCCCUUGAGAUAUGGCGGAGUCACCGUAUACCAGACGGAUUGGAGUUUCUCAGCCUUGCAGGUGACAAAAGAUGGUGAAGGACCAUUCAACUUGGCAAUGGCACCUAUCAAGAUCAAUGGAGACAAGAAGUUAUAUGGGACCUUCUUACCAGUUGGUGAUACUAAUGCUCCCAAUGUCAAAGGAAUAUCUAUGCUAGCUCGGGAUCUACAAUCCAUUGUUGUGUAUGAUUUGGAAGGAAAAUUCGCUGGAAUAAGGAGACCAAACUCGAAGCUUCCCAUUGAAAUCAAUGGUAUGAAGAUCGUUAUCGAGGAUGCAAUUGGAAGCACUGGCCUUGAGUUAAAGACUGACCCAGGAGUACCAGUGGUCUAUGCUGGUUUUGGUGCUCUAAUGCUCACAACUUGUAUCAGUUACUUAUCUCAUUCACAGAUAUGGGCAUUACAAAAUGGAACAACAUUGGUCGUAGGGGGAAGAACAAACAGAGCCAAGAACCAGUUCCCUGAUGACAUGAAUCGAUUGCUCGAUCAAGUUCCGGAGCUAAUCAAAAAGAAUACUUCAGUUGUCUCCGAGCAAUCUUGAUUAGCUCUUCGAAUCUGAUACAUUUCAAGUCAGAACCAAUAGAGUUGUACAGAAUUAUGGAAAAGGUAUAGUAUUCAAGAACGCAAUAAACAUGUUGCUGAUCAUAUGGAAAAAGAGAGGGGAGCUAUAGAAACUGAAACUUCAGAAUUGAUUUGCGUGGAGGUCUUGUUCUGAGUUACACAGUAAAGUUAGAAUAUAGAGGGUGAAUACUAUUUUUGUCUUGUGGGUAUGGUUUUGUCGUUUGUCAAGUUAUAUGAUCUGAAUGUAUCUCUAACUACAAUUCCCCUGUAUUAUUAUAAUAUAUAGUCCUCUGUAUGAAUCUCUCUCUCUAUUAAUAAAAUUCAAUUGCAGUA